AUCCGUCAACUAACCAUGCUUGAGAACAAAUAAGCUUACCUAGGUCCUUCUCCUUCGUACGCCACGACAUGUCGCACGCAGACCUUGCAGACCAUGCCAUCUCCGGCGCAGCUCCAACUCAACUCAACCCCGCCUGACCCCUCUCCUCUAACCCCUCCUCAGCAACGAUACCUGAUACUCCUACCUAGAUGACCUCGACCACAACCUCCACUCUCUCAAACCAAACAGACCUAUCCACCACGACCAUGGCAACACCACAACCACAACCACAACCACCCACACCAACGCAAACCCACAUCCCCACAACCAUCUACGGCACCCUGUCCAUAACACACACGACCCCCCCUUCCCCCCCUUCAGAAAAACCCUCACCAGCCCUCCUCCUCCUCCACGGCAACAGCAGCAGCAGCCAAAUCUUCACCCACUUCUUCACGCACCCCACAGCUCAACACCACCGCAUCAUGGCGCUCGACCUGCCCGGCCACGGAAGCAGCAGCGACGCGCCAGCCGGCACAGUCGAGAAGGCGUACACGCAGGCGGGCUACGCGGCCGCCGCGCUCGAGGUGCUCGCGCAGCUGGGCGUGGCCAGCGUGAUAGUAUUCGGGAACUCGUUGGGCGGGCAUGUCGCUAUUGAGAUGGUCGCGCAGACCACCCAAACCCCACAACAACGCCCCCCACUCCGCAUCCACGGCAUCCUCCUCACCGGCACCCCGCCCGCCAACGGCCUCGCCCAAGUCCGGUCCGCCUUCCACGAUAGAGACCCGCACGCCAAAGUCCCGCCCCAGCACAUGCACCUCGCCUCGCAGGCCUCCUGGCCCGACACCGCGUACGCCACCUUCCCCUACGAAGCGUACGGCCCGCCCAACAUGCCCUGGAUGCUGUCCGCAGCACGGCGCACCGACCCACUUGCACGGUCGACCAUGUACAGCGCGUUCGAAGCCGGCGCGGGAGCGGACCAAGUCGCUGUUAUUGGCCGGACGGACGUGCUGGUGGGCGUCGUGAACGGCGCGCAAGAGCCGUUUGUGCGGCUCGAGUAUCUGGACGGGUUGCGCUGGGGGCGGCUGUGGCAAGGCCGGUGUCUGAGGCUGGAGGGGCUGGGGCACGCGCCGUUUUGGGAGCGGCCGGGCUUGUGGGCGGGGGUGUGGGGGGAGUUUGUGUGGGAUUGUUGUGCCGAGUUGUGAG